AUUGGGUAAAAGUUUUGACUCAAAAAAAACAAAAAAAACACAUUCUUCUUCCUUCUCAUUUCUUCGUGUUCCGACAGAGACUCCAAUUGGAAUCGAAAAACAAACUCGGUUCUUUUGAUUUGGAGAAGUUUCUGUUCCCGAUUCCUCCGCCGAUCACAAUCACGGCGAGUCCUCAUCCUUCUGAUUCCGGUGGUGAUGGUUCGAACUCGAAGUCUUCUUCCGACGACGAGUUUGUUAGCUUGGACUCUUCCACUUCUGGCUUCUGUUCUUCUUCCGGUAAGUUUUUUGAUCUUAUGCAAUUUUUGGUACUUAAUCUUAUUUCAAGAAAUUGAAGCUCAAGAUUGUUUGAUUGAUUGGGAAAAUUUGCAUAAAUGUAGGAUUGGAUAAAUUUGUAAGUGUUGUUAGGUUCUGCAUUUUGCAAUAGAUCGUUGAUUGAGAAGCUGUUAAAAAUCAUUAGAUGAUGUGGUCUUCAAGUUUUUUUUGAAAAAGAUCAGAUCCGUUUCGUUGAAAAAGAUGCAAAAUUCUGUUCAGUUGUAUGUGCGAGUGAGCUUCAUUUUUAAAAAGUUUUUGAUUCUCUCUAGUUAACUUAAAAGUAUCGACAUGGGUUAUUGAUUCAAUCACGUAAUGAUUCUCAUACAAUACAUUCUGUAUUUUAUCAUGUAAUGAUUCAAUCACGUAAUGAUUCUGUAGUUAACAUAAUGCAAGGUACAAAGGUGGUUGUUGUCAGUUUCAGUUUCAGUUUCAGGAAAUGGAUUCUCUUGUGUUGCCGUUGUUUUUACGCAGGAGUGACAAACACUUGGUCAGAUUGAGAUUUAUGGCAUUGGUUCUGAUGUUGAGAUGCUUAGAGAAGCUGUUUUGAAGAAUGGAGGUGGGUGGCACGGGCAUGGGUGGGUUGGUGAUGGAAAAUGGAUUGUAAAGAAAGGUAAUGUUAGCUCAACAGGAAGAUGUUUGAGCUGCAGUGAGCAGUUAGCUUGUGUAGAUACCAAUGAGGUAGAAACACAGAAGUUUGUGGAUUCUUUGGUGGCUUUGGCUAUGGAAAGGAAGGCAAAAAUGAAUUCAUGUGAGUCAGAUGUGGUCUUCAGCGAGUUUCAGGACUGGCUUGAGAAACAUGGAGAUUACGAAGCUAUAGUAGAUGGAGCAAAUAUUGGGCUCUACCAACAAAAUUUUGUAGAUGGCAGUUUCAGUCUUUCACAGGUUCUCCCAUCUAUUUUAUGUAUAAAAAUAUCAACAAAUUUUCUUUUUUUUCAUUUUUUUUUUUGUUUUAGAAACCCACUUAAGUAUUCCACCAAUGGACCACCAAAUCUUUAAAAACUCUAAAAAAAUCUCUAAACUACAAAACUAUCCAAAUUUAUUAAUAAAAAAUACAUAGAAACUUUAUUUAGAAACUAAUCACUGGACUUGCUCUUAGUCCCAUGAUUUUAGAGAGACUAGCCUUUGAGGUUAAUGUGGGAAACUUUUGUUCCUAUAGCAGUUCCUUAUGUUCGAAUGUCAUGUAUCAUAUCAUAUGAUUGGUUUAUUCAUUCCAAAGAAUGAUUUCGUGAGGUUUUGUUUUUGUAUCAAAAUAUUGAUUUUCCGUGGUAUAUUUAACGCAUUUUUAUUUUCAAGAUCA